AUCUGAAUUUUUACGAUGAUAUAUCUGAUAAAAUUGUAUUAAGAUUGAGAUAGAGGUCAUUUUAGGUCUUAGUAGAAAAGUUAUUGUCUGAUGAAGCAGCAAUUUACCGUUUUAAUCAAUGGGACUUUAACCAAUAAAUCAUCAAAAUGCAUGAUGCUUAUGAGGCAGUGUUGAUGCUAAAACUAACUGUUCAAAUUGAAUCGAUGGCUGCCUAUGAUAACUAUUUGUUAAUUGGUACAAGGGAAGGUCAUUUGUUAAUUUAUAAUGUUGCAUCUAAUUCUAAUGAUUCUAAAGCAAAUGAGAAUACAAGUCCAUCUCUGUAUCGGUACAGCAAAAACUUCAGUAAAAAGCGCAUUGUACAAAUCGCAGUAAUUCCUGAAUAUAAUUUAUUAGUACUUUUAACAGAUAAUGUAAUAUGCAUUCAUGAUUUAAAUACCACAAAUUUAAAUCAAAUUAGUCAACUACAAAAAACAAGAGGAGCAACAUUAUUUGCAUUAGAUAUACAACGACAUGAAAGUAUGACUGGGGAAAAAAAUACCGUCGUUAGAUUGUGCGUUGCUGUAAAACGAAAAUUACAAUUAUAUUAUUGGAAAGAAAAGAAGAAAACCUUUGAAGAGUUUUUUAGCGAAGAAGUAGCUGGCUCGGAUAUACCUCGUGAACUGUCAGUUCCUGAUAUACCUAGAGAAUUAGCAUGGUGUGGUGAAACGUUAGUUUUAGGUUUUCGUGGUUUUUCUUAUACUCUUAUGGAUUUUCAAGGCAAAACCAAAGAACUUUUUCCAACAGGUAAAUCACCAGAACCAAGUAUUACCAAAUUAUCUAAUAAUUCCUUUGUACUUGGCAAAGACUCUCAAUCUGUAAUAAUGGAUACAAAUGGUGAACUAAUACAACAUAAUCCUGUAAAAUGGUCCGAUUUACCUGGUGCUUUGGCAUGGGAUGUUCCAUAUUUGCUGGGAAUUGUCCAUGAUACGUUAGAAGUAUAUACCCUGGAAAGUUGUAUGCACAUUCAAACUAUACCAGAUCUAAAUAAAGCAAGAUUUAUAUGUCAAUGCAAGCAAGGAAAAGUUUAUGUUGCAUCGAUGAGUCAAGUAUGGUGCAUUACUGCAACUGAUUUUACACAACAAACUAGAAUUUUGUUAAAACAAAGUCAAUUCCAGCUUGCUCUCAAACUUACUGAUCUUUCUGAUUUAUCUGAAGAAGAAAAAGCAAAGGAAACUUAUAAAAUUCAAACUCUUUAUGCGCAUCAUCUAUUUCGAAAUAAAAAAUUUCGCGAAGCUAUGGAACAAUUUUUAAAAUUAGGUACUGAUCCUUAUGAGGUAAUCAGACUUUUCCCUGACUUGGUAUCACAGCCGUCAAAUGCUAAUGAACCAAACGAACCAGAACCAAAUUUACCAAAACUUCAAGGACGAGAUUUAGAAAAUGGCUUAUUGGCUUUGAUAGAUUUUUUAACAGAAAUUAGAUAUAAAUUGAUAAAUGAUAGUCAAACUAAAGAAAAAGAAACGAACGAAAAAAUUAAAGGAAAACAUGUGACUCAAGGUGAUAAAUUGAAAAAUAUGACAGCUGUAGCAACAGAGCAACUAUUAAAAAUUAUUGAUACUACUUUAUUGAAAUGUUAUUUACAGACAAAUGAUGCUUUAGUUGCACCUUUACUAAGACUAAAUCAUUGUCACUUAGCAGAAGCUGAGAAAACAUUACUUCAGCAUCAAAAAUAUCCAGAACUUAUAAUAUUAUACCAGACUAAAGGACAGCAUAAAAAAGCAUUAGAGCUUCUAGAAAAACAGUCAAAGGAAAGUGAUUCAAGUCUUAAAGGUCCUGAAAGAACUAUUCAAUAUCUUCAGCAUCUUGGUAAAGAUCACAUGGACCUAAUUUUAAAAUUUGCUGGAUGGAUACUAGAUCAUGAUCCUGAAGAAGGUUUGCGAAUUUUCAUGGAAGAUGUACAGGAAGUUGAACAUCUUCCACGGCCAAAAAUAUUGGAUUAUCUGCUUCGAUGUCACAAAGAUUUGGUGAUUACUUACUUGGAACAUGUUGUACAUGUUUGGGAAGAUAAUAAUCCAAUGUUCCAUAAUGUGCUAGUGCAUCAAUAUAAAGAAAAGUGCCUUGUAGGUACGUCUUCAACUGCAGCUCCAGCAGAAAAAUUAAACAUUCAGCAUAUUCGGACAAAGUUGCAACAGUUACUUGAAAAAUCACAGCAUUAUACUCCAGAAACGGUUUUAAGAGAUUUUCCAUUUGAUUGUUUGUAUGAAGAAAGAGCCAUAAUACUCGGUCGCUUAGGACGUCAUCAACAAGCAAUAUCAAUAUAUAUUAAUUUAUUAAAUAACGUACCAAAGGCAAUACAAUAUUGUAACAAUGUUUAUGCUAGAUAUCAAAAUCUAAGUAAAGCUGAGAAGAGUAAACAACAAGACAAUGCAGACGAAAUCUACAUUACCCUUAUUCAUCAGCUUCUUAAGCCCGAUGAAUGUCAAAAGGGCCUGUCGAAUUUGAUGAUUCCUGAUCCAGCAAUCGUAACUCAACGCCUGGCUCAACCAGACCUGGAAACAGCUUUGGAACUAUUAGAGGAGCAUGCUUCGAAGAUUGAUCCACUGAAAGCUCUUGAGGUGUUACCAGAUACAGUGUCUAUAGGCAGAAUUAGGCAUUUUCUUGAAGCGAGUCUGCAAAAUAAUAUCAAUGAAAAGCGCAGAAUGCAAGUUCUCAAAGGCUUGUUGUAUGCCGAGCAUCUACAGGUUCAAGAGCAAAGGAUGCAUUACGAAUCCCAAAACGUAUUGAUGACUGAAUUCAACAUCUGCCCUGUAUGUAAAAAGAGAUUUGGAAAUCAAAGUGCAUUUGCCAGAUAUCCAAACGGUGACAUCGUACACUUCUCGUGUCAAAUGCGUAAAAUGUAAAAACUCCUUAUUAAGUGCAAAAAAAGAUAAAAAAAUUUUGUAAAUAAACGAAUU